AAAUGAAAAAAGAAAAAGAAAAACAUCAUAUAAGAUCCUUUUAAAUGCCUAGCUCAUUUGAAAGAUCUUAAGCAUGUCUUCUUUAUUAUUUCAUUUUUAUCUUUUAUUACAAACAUAAAUAAAACAUAUAUCAUUAUUUUAUAACUAAUAAUAGAAUUAUAUUUUAUUUGUAUGCAUUGCUCUAUUUGUAUAUAUGUGAUAAAUGUUUUAACUUUUGAUAAAUGGCUCUUAUACAUGUGAAGACUUCAAACAGAAAAAGAAAAAAAAAAGUCAGUAAAAAAUUUUAAUUUCUAUCUUAAGAACAGUUUUAAUUUCAAUUCAUAAGUAUCCUUUUUUUAUAAAAAAAGGAAAAAAGAAAAAGGAACGAGUCAAACUCGGAAUGAGUUGAGUUGGAUUUAGGAUUAGCGAGUCGCAAAAAAGUGUGGAAGGAGAGAGAGUAGGGCAGUGACUGACUGACUGACCCCACAAUCAUUUAUUCCAUUCUAUUCGUCUUAAACGAGGUUUCUCUGAUGACACGUGUCGAACCAGGGUGGCGAGGUACCAUUCUCAGAUACCAUCUGGUCCAACUCAAUUUAUUACCCUGCUAUCCAACAUUUCAAUUUCUUCUUUUUUUUGUUCUUAUACAACAUAUCAAUCCAAAUUUCGAUUUGCUCACAUUUCUGUCCAUUUUGUACUUUUUUUUUUUUUUUAAUUCAAAAUUUCAUGUCAUUAAAUAAAAAUGGUAUUAGUGUACUUACAAAGUAAUUCUAUUUUUCCUUUGUGUAUCAAAUUUUUGAUGUUAUCAGUCAAGAAGGACCUCUCAGUUAGCUUUAGAUUUUUCCAAUUAUUUGAGUAGUCGGGAAAUGAUUCAUCUGACCUUCUUCAAGCUGUAUAGCCUCAUUAGGAUUAUUUCUGUCAGUCAAUCAAAAAUAAUUUAAUUUUAAAUUAGCCUUAUUUUCUGUCCAUAAAUCUAAAAGAAAAAAAGAAAAAGACUUUUUAAAAAUGGAAGCAAACUACCGAUAACUGCUAACGGGACAAGACAAGACAAGAGCCACCUGGCUUCCCUAUUCUUGCAGUUUCCAAGAAAACAUAACUUUUUUUUUUUUUUUUUUGAGAAACAGCAUUUCUCUUUUUGUAAUAUUUCUUUUCUUUCUCGACAACAAUCUUUCAUUUCCUUUUCUCAGAGAAAAUAAAACGAAAGAAAAAUACAAUCUUUCAAUUCUAUCUCGUAUCCAGCUUUCUUUUCUCUGUUUAAUAGCUUAAUUCUCAUUGAAAUUGUAAAUAUAUAUCUUGCCCUCGAGAUCAUUUAGAUCAUACAUGAUUAUAUACAACAUGUUGAGACAUAAUAUGGCUGCUACACCUACGAUGGUUGCUGUGACGGUGGUGGUGACAACGAUGAUCAUGGCUGCGAAUGCAGCUGAUAGUAAUGAUGUAUUCAGCCCUUGCUCAGAUGCCAAAAUAGAAAAAUCUGAUGGUUUUACAUUUGGUCUUGCAUUUUCCAGCAAGGAAUCUUUCUUUUUUGAUCACGUUCAACUUUCACCUUGUGAUAGUCGUCUUGCCCUCUUCAGCAAAAUGGCACAACUUGCUGUUUUCAGGCCAAAAGUUGAUGAGAUUUCUCUGCUUACCAUAAAUAGCAGUACCUUUAAUCCGGGUAUGUCUGGUGGCUACAUGGUAGCAUUUGCUGGAAGGAAGUAUGCAGCAAGAUCGUUUCCAGUUAUGGUUGCUGAUAAUGGUAUUAUUGUUACUAGUUUCACCCUGGUCCUUGAAUUUCAGCAGGGUAUCCUUCAGAACUUGUAUUGGAAGAGUUUUGGGUGCGAUAAAUGCUCCAAGGAUUUUGUCUGCCUCAAUGGCAAAGACUGUGCGGUUCAUAAUUCGAAAUGCAGAAGUAAUGGUGGCCAUAUUGACUGCAAUCUUGGCGUACAACUAACAUUCUCAGGCACUGACAAGAAUCUUGAAACGCUUAAUUCAUGGUACGAGGUGUCAAACCUCCGGCAAUACUCUCUUUACGGCCUAUAUUCAAAUCUUCGCCACUCCAUUGAUCAAUUCAGUGGACAGUUCUAAGCUUUUAUUCAAGCUAAAAUUUAUUGUCAUGUUGAUGAAUCAGGUAUAUUAGAGGUUAAAUUGGCCACAUCUAAUAUACACUUCAUUUCCUUAACAAAGCAGAACGUUUUUCUGAAUCUCUACCAACUAAUAUAAUGGUUUUAGGAAGUUGCAGAGAUGAGAAGAAAUAUACAAAUUGAUUUUGCUCCUGUGCAUAAAACUAUUUCAAUUUCA